GUAGCUGUAAGGGGCGGUGUCCAAUAGAGAAUAGAGGAGAGCUGCACAGGCUCCACUUUUAUGCAUCAGUUGUUCGUGUUAAGGUGUCAAUGCCGAACUUACCUUGGAUUUGCAUUUCAUAUGAAAAAACACCACCUUUGUCUUUAUAGGAACACUCAGUUUUAAGCAUCAUAGAGAGUGAAGCCUACACCAGCGCAGUGUGUGUAAGUGUGGACCAGUGGACCCAGAAAAGUCUCCGUCAUGGGAGCGCAUAGAUGGAGCUCAGCGCGUCUUGGGUUUGUCGUUUGUGGAUAUUUCGCGUUUUUUUUCGGGGAAAUUGUUCCACGGGCUGAAGCAGGCUGCAGGGAGAGAGAGAGCCCAAACUGCUGCACCGGCCGGAACAACGAAUGCUUUGAGUACAGCAAGAGAAAAACAGUGUGCUACUGUGACACAUACUGUCAGAAAACCGGAGACUGCUGCGAGGACUACCAGCGUGUGUGUCAAAUAUCUGCAGCCAUUGACUGUGUGGUGGGAUCAUGGGGUCCCUGGUCAUCAUGUACAUCUCCCUGUGGAGUUGGCAGCACAGAAAGGAGUCGCCAAGUGUCUGUUCCGCCUAGAAAUGGUGGCACGCCCUGUCCUGACCUGAAACAGCGCCGGGGAUGCUUUGGAAACAACGCCAUAUGCAGCGCUGCGAAAGAGGUGGCAAAGAUCCUGCCUGAUUCUUUCAAGAGGAACUUCAAGGACCCUUGGAGGCGACCACACAUGCUGAUGAAGGAGGAGAAGGCCAGUUACUGUGUCUAUUUGCGGGUGAAACAGGCCGGUGCAGCAUGUAAACUUAAACUGUGGAGUGCUCAGCUGGUGAAGGAAAGGCUGGUCUGUGCAGAGUGUCAGAGUGAUGCCAUGUCAAAGUCAGACCGCUGUGGAGGAGACGGCCUGGAAAGCAUCAGAACGUUCUGGGCAGCAGCUUCAGUCCCGGGCUGUCAUGGUUCCUGGGUGAAAGAGUCGUCCUCUGUGGGCUGUCGCUGUCCUCCCUAUUCUGUGCUUUUCGUGUGAGCUGACACGCAAACCCAAGACAUCCGCAUGCAGGGACAAGAUUUCCCUCUGCACCUCCUGCUAACUGGGGAGAGCCCUGCCAGCCAAGCCAGACCCUUCUGAUCCAGAUUACUGGAUGGGUAACUCAAGGACAUCAGCAGCAUCCUGCCACUUUUUCCUAUCACCUCAUACUCUGUACUGUAUACACUAUUACUAAGCACACAGAAAUUCUUGCAUUAAACUUCAAAUCUUACAGACACAUUAUGUACUUAUUCUCCCUCAAAGCCCAGCAACAUCUAUAUGCCUUUUUACCUCUGAAUCGUUGCUAUCUACCUCCAGGAAUGCAAGUUACUUUGUUAAUGCAUAAUGUAUAAAUAUAUAAAUAUAUUACUUUGCUUUAUACAUUUUUUACUUUUGAUUGUUUUUUAUGUUUUGUAUAUGUGUCUAUAUAGCUGCACUUGUGUAUUCAACAAAUGCCAAACAGCAGUUGCUGCACCCAGUGUAAGCCCUAGUCAGGGUCCCUAAAUCGUCUGCA